CCCGGCAGCUGUGAGGAGAGCCGUGUCAUCUUCUCCAUCCCGCAGAGCAGCGCGGAUGAAACACCGGUCACACUCAGAGCAGCAUUCGGGGAAAAGGCCCCGUGUUCCCGCCGCGGCAGCCUCCACCUCCACCUCGCCUCAAGACGGCAUGGAGGACAAAACACCGUCCAAUCCGCGGGAACUCACCCAAAACCCCCUAAAGAAGAUAUGGAUGCCGUGUAAAAAUGGCCUUCCUGAAAAACACAUUUCUCAAAGAAAGGUAUGUAUGACCAACUGCCCCACGCUGAUAGUGACGGUGGGGCUUCCUGCCAGGGGGAAGACGUACAUCUCCAAGAAGCUGACCCGCUAUCUCAACUGGAUCGGAGUUCCCACCAGAGAGUUCAAUGUGGGGCAGUACAGGAGAGAGUUUGUGAAGAUCUACAAGUCCUUUGAGUUCUUCCGUCCAGACAACGAGGAGGGGUUAAAGAUCAGAAGACAGUGUGCCUCAGCAGCCUUGAACGAUGUGCGGCAGUAUCUCACAGAAGAAGGAGGCCAAGUGGCGGUUUUUGAUGCAACAAACACCACUAGAGAAAGAAGAGAAACCAUCAUCCAGUUUGCAGAGCAGAACGGGUUUAAGGUGUUCUUUGUGGAGUCUGUGUGUGAAGACCCAGAUGUCAUACAGGAGAACAUAGUGCAAGUGAAGCUAAGUAGCCCGGACUACGCCAACUGUAACACGGAGGAAGCGGUAGAGGAUUUCCUGAAGAGGAUCAAGUGUUAUGAAAACUCCUACGAGACGCUGGAUGAAGUCCUGGACAGGGACCUCUCCUACAUUAAAAUCAUGGACGUGGGUCAGCGGUACAUGGUGAACCGGGUGUUGGACCACAUCCAGAGCCGGAUCGUCUACUACCUCAUGAACAUCCACAUCACGCCGCGCUCCAUCUACCUGUGCCGCCACGGGGAGAGCGAGCUCAACGUCAACGGGCGAAUCGGGGGAGACUCGGGCCUCACACCGAGAGGGAAAGCAUUUGGGAAGAAGCUGAGCCAGUUCCUGGAGACGCAGGGCAUCAGCGACCUGAAGGUGUGGACCAGUCAGAUGAAAAGGACCAUCCAGACGGCCGAGGCUCUCAACGUGCCCUACGAGCAGUGGAAGGUCCUGAACGAGAUCGACGCAGGCGUGUGUGAGGAGAUGAUGUACGAGGAGAUCCAGGAUCACUAUCCUCUGGAGUUUGCUCUGAGGGACCAGGACAAAUACCGCUAUCGGUACCCCAAAGGAGAGUCGUACGAGGACCUGGUGCAGCGGCUGGAGCCGGUCAUCAUGGAGCUGGAGCGGCAGGAGAACGUUCUGGUGGUCUGUCACCAGGCCGUCAUGCGCUGCCUGCUGGCCUACUUCCUGGACAAGACGGCAGAGGAGCUGCCCUACCUGAAGUGCCCGCUGCACACCGUGCUGAAGCUGACGCCCGUGGCCUACGGCUGUAAGGUGGAGUCCAUCAGCUUAAACGUGGAAUCAGUCAACACACACAGAGAACGACCAGAGAAUGUGAACAUCCAUCGCUCGACUCAAGACGCCCUGCUCACCGUCCCCCCUCACCUCUGACAGAGAGACGCCCCUCACCUCUGACAGAGAGACCCCUCCCUGCCUCUCUAUGGACUGGUGGUCGUUUCACUUCUCCAUCGUUCAAAACCUGCCCUUAUGAUGUGCCACCUACUCCUUCAACCCCACUGCCCCACACACACACACACACACACACACACACACACACACACACACACACACACACACACACACACACACACACACACACACACACACACACACACACACACACACACCCUUAUAUCCUUCUUUUUUUUAUUUGAGGAAGCUUAACCUGAACAUAUCUUGUGUUUGAGCCUCAGUGUUUUUAUUUGCAAGCUACAAAGUCUGGCACUUCAAUCUACGUUAUUUAUCAAUCACAGAUUCUUUGUUGCUAUAUUCAGUGAUAUUGUGCAGCAGUGGAAUUCAAUCUGAAGGGUGAAGUAUUAAUUAUGUUGUUUUAUCUAAUGAUACACAUGAUGCAAUCCUUGUUUAAUGUGACGUGUCUUCAGUUGUAACGUGCAAGGUAUAAAACCCUAAAGAAUCGAUACAAAGCUUUUGAUUAUGUUGUGACUUAAUGAAGAAAUAAAUGGUGAUUCUCACUGUUGUUAAAAACAAACUUAACAUUUUAUACAGGUGGGUUAAUUAUAUUUAAAUGAAAUGGUAUUGAAAAUGCAAUAUUAGCUCAAAGCUUUAUAUCUCAUGACUUGUAAAUGUGUUAUUUUUAUAAACCGACCUGUUGUCAUCUUUGUCAUUAUGGGUUUAACUCUUAGGGCUGCACUGAUGAUCAUUUUCAAUUGCUAUUAAUCUGCCUGUACUUUAAGCAACAACGUUUCUUUGUCCUACCGACUGUCUAGGAAUAUAAGUAUUCAGUGUGCAAUAAUAAAUAAUAAAGACAGAAUCACACUUGA